AAGAAAAUACAGUAAAAAAGAGGAUGGAGACUACUAGGGGUCAAGAGAGGGAUGCAGCGGCCAGGGCAGACAGCAGCUUCCACUGGCGGCAAGGCUCUAGGCGACGGAUUCCAGGCGGUUGUGGGGAAGAAUAAGUGGGUUGAAAAGCAACAGCCACAAGGUAUGACAGCAACGGAGAAGGUAUCAGUUAAGAGACAUGAGGAUUGGGAUAUAGAGCAAAGGGUAUUGGGUGUCGAGAAUGAGGGAAAGGGAUUGUGUGCAAAGGAAAAGGUACAGGAAAAUAGUAUAGGUGCAGAUAAAGAGUGUAUUAUUGCGUUUAAGCCUACAAAGGAAGAAACUCAAUGGCUGGAAGGGAGCAUGGUCGCUGUUUUGAAUUCUUUAAUGUUAGUGACAAGUAUCCAAGAGAGAAUGGAUGUGGAUGGAGGGUUGCUUGCGUUAUUUCCAUUAGGGGGAAGUUCAGUGCUGCUUCUUGAAAAGGUGAAGGGCUACCUUGGUGAGUAUAUGGUGCAGAACAGAGAGUUAUUCGAUACAUGGUUUGAAUCUAUAUUACCAUGGGCAACAUUCGGGGAGGUGGUGAGGGUGCAUGAGGAUACCAAAUCCAAAGCUGUUUUGAGUGAAGGAAGGGUACUGGUUCUUUGUUCAGCUACACACAGUAUUUGGAAUGUGUUGAAAUUGAAGGUAGUUGGACAGCUACAUGAGAUACAGGUAACAGAGGAGGGAUGGAGAUCAGACCCAGAUUGGUGGCUAUCGGAGGGUGACCGACGGAGUACGACGGGGACAUCAUCGGAAUAUUCCUCCACGCAUAUUGAUAGUGAGGAUCAAAGAUUUAUUGAUGACGAGAUUCUCGGCGAAGAUGAAGAUAACAUCGAAUUGGAGCUGUUACAGGAGAAUGGAAUUUUGAAUUCAAAAAGCAAGCAAAUUGAUGGGGAGUCGCUAACGGGUGGAGAUGGGGGUUAUGACUGUUGUAAUGAAAAUGGGUUAAGGAGUGCUAAUGGGUUGCUAGAGGAUUAUAGGGGGUUGAAGGACAAUCGGCUUGUGGAUGUUAAUGGGCUUGUGGAAGUUAAUGGGUCAGGAGAAGAGGAUGUAGAAAGUUCUUUUAGUAAGAUGUCUAAGGACUCAAAGCAAAAAGGGGCAUCACGUGAUAAGGAGAGAAAGGCAGCAGACUUGUCAGGAAAAAGACAUAGAAAAGUGGCAGAGUGCUAUCCAGAAGAAAUUGCAGAAAUCUGGAAUGAGAAAGCAGAGUGGAUGACGGGACGGACAAACCAGCGAAGACUGAGGCGCGAGAAAGCUAAACUGUUGCUAAUGGGUGUGAGUAAGUCGGAGCAACAGGGAGAAGAAGAAUCUCUUUCGGAUGGUUGUAUUGCUCAUCGGAAUCAAGUUAUUCAAUGGGAGAUUAAUAUGCAAGAGGUAAAGAAAAUGAUGUGCACUGGAAAAAGGCUUGGAAUGCAGUUCGAAGGUACCAAAGAGGAGGUGGAGUCACGGCUGUUGGAGCUGGAAGAGAGAGAUGAAAGCAGGAGACAGAGAGGUUCGGUUGGUGCUUCAAGAGGCUUGAUCUGUAUGUGGGAUAAAUCAUUAUUUGUUAAGUUGGGGGAAUUUACAAGAGACAGGUACCUGGGGAUAAAAGGGCAGUGGGGGGUGAAAAAGGAGGUAUGCUUUUUUGUGAAUAUUUAUGCUCCGAAUGAAAGGAAGAAAAAAGCUGCAUUAUGGGAUGAGUUGAGGCAGAGGAUUGUUGAGGAGGGUGGGCGGUGGAUGCUUGUAGGGGAUUUCAAUGUUGUUAGGAGUAUGGACGAAAGAAGGGGAAAAACAGGGGAGAGUGUCGAUAUGAAGGAUUUUGAUCUUUUUAUAAAGACGGUAAGGCUAGUUGAUAGCAAGUUGAUAAAUCGAAAGUUUACAUGGUACAGACCAGAUGGCACAACAAUGAGCAGAUUAGACAAGAUAUUGAUGACUGUGGAAAUGAGCAGUAUGGGUGGUCAAUGGGUGCAACAAGGAUUGAAAAGAAAUAUAUCGGACCACUGUGCGAUUGUUUUGAAAACAAGGACAACAGAUUGGGGACCCAAACCGUUUCGAGUUCUGGAUGCAUGGCAACAUCAUCCGAAGUUUAGAAAAGUUGUUGAAGACAAAUGGAAUGAACUAGUGGUGGAUGGAUUUACAGAAACUCAGUUUCAACAUGCAGCGAGCACUGUAGAAGAACUUGAUAUGAAGAACGAAGAGGUGGCAUUAGAAAAGGAAGAAUUGGAAGAACGACGGCAAGGAUUCCAAGCACUUUGGGAUAUUAUGAGGAAGAGGGAAUCCAUUUGGAAGCAAAAAUCAAGAUCCAAUUGGGCAAAAUGGGGGGAUGCAAAUUCGAGAUACUUCCACCAAAUUGCAAAUGGGAGAAAGGCUCAUAACAACAUUGUUGGCAUUUCGUGUGAUGGCAGGUGGAUUGAAGAGCCAGAGGUGAUAAAGAGAGAGGUGGUUGGGUAUUUUCAAAGGGUAUUUGCCAAUGACUCACAAAAUCGUCCAAAGCCUGCUGGAAUUGGGUUUAAAAGGAUCUCUGAAGAGAUGACAGCAUGGUUAGAAAGACCAUUCUUGACGGAAGAAAUUAAGGAAGGGUUAAAGAGUUGUGAGGGAACAAAAGCACCGAGGCCGGAUGGAUACAAUUUUAGUUUUAUCAAGUAUGCUUGGGGUUGUAUGAAGGAGGACUUUGUGAGAUUUUUGAGGAGUUUCACCAGAAUGGCAGUGUUGGCUAAUAGGCUGCGGGAGGUAAUGCCGGAGAUCAUUAGUGAUUCUCAAUCUGCGUUUUUGGGAGGCCGUCAACUUGUUGACAGUGUGCUAGUCUUAAAUGAGGUGGUGGAAAAGGUUAAGCAACGUAAGCAACAAGCUUUUAUCUUCAAAGCUGAUUUCGAAAAGGCGUGGAUCCGAGAAUGCCUUUCAACUACUCAAAUCUCAGUUUUGGUUAAUGGAAGCCCAACAGAGGAGUUUGCGAUGGGGAAAGGAUUACGACAGGGGGAUCCGUUAUCUCCGUUCCUUUUUCUCAUGGUGGCUGAGGGUCUGCAUGGACUAGUCAAAAAAGCAGAAGAGGAGGGAUUGCUACAAGGCAUCACGGUGGGUAAUAAUGGCUUAGCUAUUUCUUUGCUACAGUUCGCGAAUGAUACAAUGAUAUUGGGGAAAGCUAAUAGUGAGAGUAUUUUUACAGUUAAAACCAUUUUGAGAUGGUUUGAGUUGAUGUCUGGGUUGAGGAUAAAUUUUGGCAAAAGUAGUGUCUUUGGUUUCAAUGUGGCUUCUCGGUGGAUUAAAGGGGCAGCAAGUGCUCUCUAUUGUGGUGUUGGGGAAACACUCUUUAUGUAUCUGGGUAUGCCGGUUGGGGGGAAGAGUGGGAGCAAGAAGAUGUGGGAUCCAGUUCUGCAUAAAUUUCAAGCUAAGUUAGUUGUAUGGAAGUCUGCUGUGCUGUCUGCUGGUGGUCGCAUCACUUUACUUAACUCGGUGGUAUGGGAGAGGUAUUAUGGUGGAAGGGAGGAAGUGGACAUUACAGCAGUGGAUACAGUUAGGGUGUCUAGACUGUGGAGGGAUGUUCUGAGUAUAGGGUUGCGAUCAAAUGGUUUAAAGAAUAUGCUGGUGAAGGGUUUUAGAUGGGGGGUGGGAGAUGGAAGUAGGGUGGAUUUUUGGAAAGCGGUUUGGGUGGGGGAGAAGACUUUGAGGGAUUUGUGUCCUAGGCUUUUCCAAUUGGCGAUUCAUAAGGAUGGUUUAGUUAGUGAAAUGGGGGUUUGGGAGGAAGGUAGUUGGAAAUGGAGGAUUGAUUGGAGAAGAGGGAGACGGGGAAGAGAGAAGGAUGAGGAGGUUCUGUUGUGGGAGAUCCUGGGUAAAGUUCAACUUAAGGAAGGUGUUAAGGAUUGUUGGCAGUGGGUGCAUGUUCCUGAUGGCAGGUUUAUGGUGAGACACGCAUAUGAGCUCUUGGAAUCUACAAAUCACAUUCUUAAUGAACAAUUAUGAUUGUCACCUUUCUUCUGCCUGCAAAUAGGAAACGGGCUAGGGGUUGGCAGAAAUUCUGUAAUGCUGCCGCCCACUUUUGAAGGUGCUGUCGCCCAUUUGUGAAAGCAUAGAAAGGGGCUUACGUCCGAUAGAUUGCCGGAUUAGUCGAAUUGAGGAAAUUUUAGGGUACAGACGAGUAAGCAUUUGGGGUUGCGUUUGGGAGUGAGAGGCACAACGAUUCUAGAGUAGUUCUUUGGUUUAGUUUAAGUUAUUAUGGAUUGUGGAAUAAUUAGAAUUGAAGAUCUAUUUGCUAUGACUUAUUGCUAUUAAAUUUUAUGUUGGAUUUUAUGAAGUGAGGAUUAAGUGUUUUGGAUUUGACCAACUUCUCGUACAUGUUAAUGAAGAUGGAGUUUCUUA